UUUGCUUAUUUAAACUACCAUGUUCCCCGGACAAGACGUGAAAUCUUGGAGACCCUAAUCAAAGGCCUUCAGAGACUGGAGUACAGAGGAUAUGAUUCUGCUGGUGUGGGAGUUGAUGGAGGCAAUGACAAGGAUUGGGAAGCCAAUGCCUGCAAAAUCCAGCUCAUUAAGAAGAAGGGGAAAGUUAAGGCAUUGGAUGAAGAAGUUCACAAACAACAAGAUAUGGAUUUGGACAUAGAAUUUGAUGUACACCUGGGAAUAGCUCAUACUCGUUGGGCAACACAUGGAGAACCCAAUCCAGUCAAUAGCCAUCCCCAGCGCUCUGAUAAAAAUAAUGAAUUUAUUGUUAUCCAUAAUGGAAUCAUCACCAACUACAAAGAUUUGAAAAAGUUUUUGGAAAGCAAAGGCUAUGACUUUGAAUCUGAAACAGACACAGAAACGAUUGCCAAACUUGUUAAAUAUAUGUAUGACAACCGGGAAAGUCAAGAUACUAGUUUUACCACAUUGGUAGAGAGAGUCAUUCAGCAAUUGGAAGGUGCUUUUGCACUUGUAUUUAAAAGUGUUCAUUUUCCUGGACAAGCAGUUGUCACACGGCGGGGUAGCCCUCUGCUAAUUGGUGUACGAAGUGAACAUAAACUUUCUACUGAUCACAUUCCAAUACUUUAUAGAACAGGCAAGGACAAGAAAGGAAGUUGUAAUCUCUCACGUGUGGACAGCACAACUUGCCUCUUCCCUGUUGAAGAAAAGGCAGUUGAGUAUUACUUUGCUUCUGAUGCAAGUGCCGUCAUAGAGCACACCAAUCGAGUCAUAUUUCUGGAAGAUGAUGAUGUUGCAGCAGUGGUGGAUGGCCGUCUUUCUAUUCAUCGGAUUAAACGAACUGCAGGAGACCACCCUGGACGAGCGGUGCAAACCCUCCAGAUGGAACUGCAGCAGAUCAUGAAGGGCAACUUCAGUUCAUUCAUGCAGAAGGAAAUUUUUGAGCAGCCUGAAUCAGUCGUGAACACCAUGAGAGGAAGAGUCAAUUUUGAUGACUAUACUGUGAAUUUGGGUGGUUUGAAGGAUCACAUUAAGGAGAUACAGAGAUGUCGACGGUUGAUUCUUAUUGCUUGUGGAACAAGUUAUCAUGCUGGUGUAGCAACACGUCAAGUUCUUGAGGAACUGACUGAGUUGCCUGUAAUGGUGGAACUAGCCAGCGACUUCCUGGAUCGAAACACACCAGUUUUUCGAGAUGAUGUUUGUUUUUUCAUUAGUCAGUCAGGUGAGACAGCAGACACUCUGAUGGGUCUGAGGUACUGUAAGGAGAGAGGUGCCUUAACUGUGGGGAUCACAAAUACAGUGGGCAGCUCUAUAUCAAGAGAAACGGAUUGUGGAGUUCACAUUAAUGCAGGUCCUGAGAUUGGCGUGGCUAGUACAAAGGCUUAUACCAGCCAGUUUGUGUCCCUUGUGAUGUUUGCCCUCAUGAUGUGUGAUGACAGGAUCUCCAUGCAAGAACGACGCAAAGAGAUCAUGCUUGGGUUAAAACGGCUUCCUGAUUUGAUUAAAGAAGUACUGAGUAUGGAUGAUGAAAUUCAGAAACUUGCAACAGAGCUUUAUCAUCAGAAGUCAGUCCUGAUAAUGGGGCGUGGUUAUCACUAUGCUACAUGUCUGGAAGGAGCACUAAAAAUUAAAGAAAUUACCUACAUGCAUUCAGAAGGCAUCCUUGCUGGUGAGUUGAAACAUGGCCCUCUGGCUUUGGUGGAUAAGCUGAUGCCUGUCAUUAUGAUCAUCAUGAGAGACCACACUUACGCCAAGUGUCAGAACGCACUCCAGCAGGUGGUUGCUCGGCAGGGACGCCCUGUGGUGAUCUGUGAUAAGGAAGAUACUGAGACCAUUAAGAACACAAAACGAACAAUCAAGGUGCCCCACUCCGUAGACUGCUUGCAAGGCAUUCUUAGUGUAAUUCCCUUACAGUUAUUGGCCUUUCAUCUUGCUGUGCUCAGAGGCUAUGAUGUUGAUUUCCCACGGAAUCUUGCCAAGUCUGUAACUGUAGAAUAAAGGGCAUCUGAAACUCUGGACAAUCGAGCAACACAAGACACCUUUUUGUAUUUAAAACCUUUGAUUUAAAAUACCAACUCUUUUAAACCUUUUUUAGUAAAUCUUUAUUUAUAUAUCAGUUAAAAUUAUUUCACUCUGUGACAUUUGUGAAAAUUACCUCUUUUAUUUUUCCAGUAACCUGUACAGGAGUUUGAAUAAUGAAAU